AUGCUGCGCAAGCACAUCUACCCCGACGAGCUCGCGCAGCACAAGCGCGCAUUCCUCGCCUCCGCGGCGUCGUCCCCUACGUCGUCGUCGUCAGCUCCCGCCUCGUCGGCUCCUUCAGCCGCGGCGCCCUCCGCGGCGACGCGGCGCGAGCACCUGUUCGACAAGACGGUCACGCCCAGCGACGUGGGGAAGCUGAACCGGCUGGUGAUCCCGAAGCAGCACGCCGAGAAGCACUUCCCUCUCCAGCUCCCUUCGGCCGGCACCGCCGUGUCUGGCGAGUGCAAGGGCGCCCUGCUCAACUUCGAUGACGCGGCCGGCAAGGUGUGGAGGUUCCGGUACUCGUACUGGAACAGCAGCCAGAGCUACGUGCUCACAAAGGGGUGGAGCCGCUUCGUCAAGGAGAAGGGCCUGCACGCCGGCGACGCGGUCGGGUUCUACCGCUCCGCCUCCGGCAACAACCAGCUCUUCAUCGACUGCAAGCUCCGGUCCAAGAGCACGACGACCUUCCUUAACGCGGCGGCCGCCCCGUCGCCGGCCCCGGUGACGAGGACCGUGCGACUCUUCGGCGUCGACCUUCUCACGGCACCGGCGCCCGAGCACGAGGAGUACGGCUUGGUGCCCAAGACAAAUAAGAGAUCCAUGGACGCCAGCGUAGCGGCGCCCACUCCGGCCCACGCGGUCUGGAAGAAGCGCUGCGUAGACUUCGCGCUGACCUGUAGACUUGCCACCACCUCACAGUGCCCGAGGUCAAUAGAUCAAGUAGAAGGAGUGCAGGCAGCAGGGAGUACAUUUGCUCUAUAG